AUUACUUCUUGCAAAAUACAAGCGCGUUUUGACCAGUCAAACUCACCACCAAAUAUCGUCUCCUCUGCAAAAAAAAGGCUAUUCCGUAUUUCUUUUACACAUCCAGUCAAUUUCGCCAAAAGCUGAAGUGUCUCAAAAACGCUAAUGAAACAGUUGCCGAGAUCGAAGGAUUCUAAUUAACGUUUCUUUUGGAGGUUUGGGUUUUAUCAAAAAUAUACGUAGUAAUAAUAAGGCCUGAACUCUGAAGUCAUACUUUUGAGCUGAUUUUUAGUUUGUGGAAAGUUGGAAUCUUUUUCGGAGUCUUUGUUUGGACUUCAGGGUAUUUGAUUAUUCGCUGCAAAUCAUGAUUUUCCCAUGUUUUGUGAUCUAAUUGAUAUGCUGGAUUUCUGCUUUCUUGUAUUAAUGGCGAUUAUGAUUUGAUGCCUGGUUUGGUUGGAUUCUUUAUUUAUUGUACAAUGGGUUGCGUUUAUGCAAAAGCUUUCCCUUCUGCGAAAGCUAAAAAAAUUGUGGAGGAAAAGAAGAGAGAAUUGGGCAAGGGAUCAUCCGAACUUCGUGCCAAAAGAGCUAAUUCUUCAAGAAGAGACGAGAGUUUCACAGUGAAGGAGAGGAAGGGAAGUAGUGAUGCAAGAUUGAUGGAUAAGAAGGGAAAUGGGUCUAGAAAAGUUAGGGAUGAUAAUUUUGAGUAUAUUAUAAACAAGAAUUGUGAAGGUAGUAGUAGUGCUAUAUUCAGUUAUAGUCCUCCUGGGUAUGGAAGCGUUCCCAAGGCAAUAGAAGCUGAGUUGGUUACUGCUGGUUGGCCCUCUUGGCUUGCUUCUGUUGCUGGCGAAGCCAUCCUUGGAUGGCUUCCUCGCAAAGCCGACACUCUUGAGAGAUUGGAUAAGAUUGGUCAAGGAACUUACAGUAGCGUGUACAAAGCUCGUGAUCUGACUCACAACAAAUUAGUAGCAUUAAAAAGAGUAAGGUUUGAUAAUGCUGAUCUUGAGAGUGUGAAGUUUAUGGCUAGGGAGAUCCUCAUUUUGAGAAGGCUCGAUCACCCAAAUAUAAUAAAAUUGGAAGGCCUUGUCACCUCAAGAACGUCUUGCAGUUUGUAUCUUGUUUUUGAGUAUAUGGAACAUGACCUCACUGGAUUGGCAUCACUUCCUGGUGUCAAGUUUACAGAAUCUCAGAUCAAAUGCUACAUGCAACAGCUACUCAGUGGGCUUGAUCAUUCUCACAGUCAUGGUGUUCUGCAUAGGGACAUAAAGGGCUCAAACCUUCUGAUUGACAAUCAUGGAGUCUUGAAAAUUGCAGAUUUUGGACUAGCGACGUUUUUUAAUUGUGAGAAAAGUGUUCCAUUAACAAGCCGUGUUGUGACUUUAUGGUAUCGACCACCGGAACUUUUACUAGGAGCAACUCAGUAUGGAGUUGGAGUAGACUUAUGGAGCACUGGAUGCAUACUUGGAGAAUUAUAUGCUGGCAAGCCAAUCAUGCCUGGGAGAACCGAGGUAGAGCAAUUGCAUAAGAUUUUUAAGCUUUGUGGAUCGCCAACUGAGGAUUAUUGGAGAAAAGAGAAAUUAGCCCAUUCCACUGUAUUCAAGCCAAUAAGACCUUAUAGACGGCGUAUUUUUGAGGCUUUUAAGGAUCUCCCUGCUGUUGUUCUAGGCCUAAUGGAGACCUUACUUUCUAUAGAUCCCGAGCAUAGAGGAACUGCUGGUGGUGCUUUAAAGAGUGAUUUCUUCAGAACAAAGCCAUUUGCUUGUGAUCCUUCCAGUUUACCGCAAUACCCUCCUAGCAAGGAAAUUGAUGUGAAGUUGCGAGAAGAUGAACAUAGGAGGCAAGGAGUCAUUGCAGCUCAGAACCAGCCACAAGAAUCUCGAGGAGUUCCUCUAACCGUGGCAAAGGCUGAUAGAUCUUUGCAGUGGAGGAAGAGAAAUUCUAUGCUCAAGACAGAUCAAGAAGCUGCUUUUGAUCCUCCACAUAGACUAUCACAUGAUCCAGUCAAGAAUCACUCAGAUUAUAUUCCGCAAGCAAUUUCUCACUCAGGGCCUUUAGGUCCAGCGUUUGAGUGCUCAAAAUUUGGGAAGAGAUAUGAUGAUAUCUCCAUUUGUUCUAGUAGACCCGACUUCUCCAAACUCUCCAGGCCUGUGACAGUUUUGUCUGUAGAUCCACGGGCUCCUUCACGAGUUGAGUCAUUAAAUCAAACUGAAAUGCCAGUUGAGUUAGCAGUGAGGAAACCAGAUCAAAGGUGCUACAUUGGAAGUGGAAGCUCCAAUACAAAACAAGCUGCUCAGGGCCAUGGUUCAAAAGUAGAUGAUCAUUUCUCUGGUCCAUUACUUGGUCCGUCUAGCAAAGUGGACCAAUUACUCAAGGAUCAUGAACGUCGAAUCCAAGAGGCUGCCCGACGGUCCAGGAUGGAGAAGGCAAGACUUGAUAGAGCCCGAGCUCAAGAAAUGCAUAGAAGAGCUAACUCUAUAUACAACUCAAGUGUGGGAGCCAGGUAGAUUAGUAAUUAGUUGGAGAGUAUACACAUAAAGUUCUGUAAAAAUUAGUCUUUUUUUGUAUAUACAGUGAUAAUUUGUCAAUCUUUCCAUCCUCUGCCUUUAACGAGGAAGUAUAAAUCAAUACGGUAGAAUAGGAGAGCCAAAAUAAUUAAACUCCGCUGUAAAGCAUCA